CCACUACAUCGACAUUAAAUCCUACUGAAUCAUCAACAUCACCCAGUGAAAUAUUCAUCUAUUUUGAUCCUUCUAUGAAUGAUGUACUGGAGAAACGACAAUUAUGGUUAAAUACAAUAGAAUUUGUUUUAAAGUUAGAACAGUAUAGACGACGUAUUGGCUUUCGUCCUCCUCCUUCUACUCAUCAUCAUCAGCCUCAAUCAAAUUUAACAUUAUUUUGUGACAAUUCUAAAUUAGAUUUAUUUAAACAAUCUAAUGAUAUCGAUUCAGUACGAAGUGCAUUACAACGAUAUGCUCAAGAAACUGAAUUAUUUGUUAUACGUCAACGUCAAAAAGAUCGAAUCAAAAUAAUCACAUUGUUUCCAGAAGUUAGAAUAAAUCAAGAUAAAAGGCGACUCUAUUCAUUACAUGAAAAUAAUAAUAUGAUCAUAACUGAUAUCAAAGAUUCCUUAUCACCAUUCCCUGAACGUACAAUGGAAUUGUGUAAUCGACGUUAUUUGGCAACA